AUGGUGAAAACUCAUGGAGCUUCCUCUAAGAAGAUCCCUGCUACUCAAUCCCGAAAGCCCUCUGCUCAGCCAUCUCCGUCGCCUCCUCCGUCUGUGUUAGCAGUGCCUCCACUUGCUCCAGCACCUGCGGCAUCUGCUGAUAUUGUCGAUGACGCACCACCAACUGAAGUGGUGGUGCCCUCUCGAGCCAAGAACCAAUCUACUUUUCCGAUUGAACCAUCUCUGGCGGCUAGGGCAAAAUCCAAGUCUGUUUCAUCUUCUUCCAAAGCUGCUACUACUGGGUUACUCAAGUUUCCCAUGAAGUCGAGCCAUUCCAAGAAGAACUCUUUGGCUCCAAAAAGAAAGUUGGUGUUGGGCUCGUCUUCAUCCCCCUUGACUGCUACCAAGAAAAGAUUGAAGGCUCAUCCCCCUUCUUCGUCUUCCUCUGAAUCUGAACCCGAGGAAGAGAAAUCUGAGUCUGAAGAAACCCACGAUACCACCUUAUCUGAUGAAUCUGUUCCUGACAAUGCUGAAUCAGAGGCUGAGUCUAAUGAGCCAGAACAAAAAGACGUUGUCCAUACUGAACAAGAAGACGAAUCUGACACAGAGCCAGUUGCAACUCCAUUGUCGUCCAAGGCUAAAGGCAAGAGACCUAUCUCUGAUUCUACACCAUCUCAAGGAUUCUCAGGUGUUAAUUUCAAACCUCAUUCUCCUACUUUUUGA